AUUUUUAAAAUUCAUUUCCCAGAGCUAUCGAGAAGAAAUCAUUUGAAAAAUUUAUGUUCAUUUCCAACUUCAAUUUCUGUUCAUAAACGGAUCGAAAAUCGAAAAAUCGAGUAAUACUUAUGUAAUGUUUGUCGUGUCAACAAUCCUUUGUGUCAACGUGUUUCAAGAGUGAAGACCUCUUUAAUAGCACCCAAAAUGGAUGGCUUUAACAAUACGACCACGGAAAACAGUCAGCUUCCUGGCACCCUCUUUCGCGUCGUCUUCUGGUGCAGCCUGGGAGUCGUAGAAGCACUCUCGUUGCUUGGUAACAUCAUAAUAAUCUACAUCAUUAUAACUCACAAAAACCUUCACACGAACACCAACUGGUUUCUCUUGUCUUUGGCGAUUUCUGAUCUUGGCGUGCCAUUGUUUAUCAUUCCGUCACAUCUUCUUUGCACCGAGACCAGUUUACCUUGUAAAAACAGUGUUGUGACGGCUUUGUACAAUUUCAUAUUGUUCGCUUCUGUUCUAAAUCUAUGUGCUUGCACCUCAGAAAGGUACAUCGCCAUUUUACAUCCGUUCAAGUAUGUGCAUUACGUGAACAAGAAACGUGUCCUGGAAGUUAUCGCCAAUGUAUGGUUGAUACAUUCCCUUGCAAUCAUACCUUUGAUCCACGCAAAACCCGAAGUGUCCAUACUCGUCAAUCGUAUUUACUGGUUGACGCAAGUUGCGCUUUUUAUGAUAAUUCCAAGUUUGGUGAUGCUGGCUGCCUUUUGGCGUAUUUAUGGUGUUGCAAAGUGGCAUGCCAACCAAAUUCGUAGAAUGAGUCUUAUUACAGAAGAAGACACUCACGGUGGAAGGCAAAAACUUGUAUUGGAAGCUAAGUCGACUUUAAAAGUUUACGGUUUGGUUGUUGUUGUAUUUAUUUUAGGCUGGUUGCUUUCUGCUUAUCGGAUGAUAGUAAAAUAUUUUUUGCUUCGACCAGUUCCCGUGAAGAUAAAUUAUAUAUCAAGGUUCCUCCUUGUGUUAAACGCAUCGAUAAAUCCGUUUAUUUACGGUCUGCAGAAGCUGGACAUAAAGAACGAGUUUCUGAAUGUACUUAGAAAGAAACAGAUCAAUAUGGGUUCAUCUAGUGCGAGCAAUGGUAACAGUGCCAAUGAUUGCAUUCGUAAUGAUAUUGCUAUUGUCUGAGAAGACUUGUGUGACGAACUAGGACAGGCUAUAACAUGCUCUAUAAACAGCAGCUAUACUACUUUCAAACAGAAUGUAGUACUCUGCCAAGGUCUUGGGACGAGUUGUGAAGAUGUAGUUUUUUACCAAAAAAUCUUCCAAUUGCUCCAAACCCAAUCUAAGGUACAAAGUCUCGAUGAGAUUUAAAUUCAAAAUUACGAACGUGCUCAACACGAAAUUAAACUGCGACAUUCAAAACGUGAGUAGCUCCAGGGGCUUUGGUCGAACCGCAAUAGUUUGCCCUAGGUCUGGUGCCAAUAAUCUUUUGAUUGGACGAUUUCAGCUGUCUUGAUAAUCUCAAACAUUUCUAAAUGUUACAUUAUUAAAGAAUGGUUACAAUGGUAAACGGAAAGAAUGUGAAAGAAACGCAGCCGUCUCCAUAAGAAUAGUUUGGAACAAUUAGUUCACAUCAUAGUUCAUGUAAAUGUUUAUUUCAAAUUUCUAAAAGAAGUCUUUUGGGAACUUUCGGCUUAGCGUUCUUAUUAUCUUGGGUAUUUUGGUUUUCUGUUAAGUUUGUUGGGUUUCAGAGUCCUCGGGUUUGUAUUAGUGUUUAGAACAUUUGGGAACUGUAAAUUUUGGCUUUUCAUUUCGGCUUUCAAUGAACAUUUAGGUUUUUCAUUCCGGGAAAAAGAUGAUUUUUAAUGGAUCACAAAGCAAAUAAUCGCGAAAAAUCAGCAUUAGUGAAGUAAAUUUGGUAUCUCAAUAAAGUAAUACUUCAAACGGAA